AUGUCUUCUCAAUAUCCCGAUUACAGCUAUUCCAUGGCUGACCGUCCUCAGCAGCGCGAGCGGUCUCGUUCGCCUCGCCGUCGAUCUUCUCGGAGUCCUCGUCGCACUCGUCGCUCAUACUCACCUCGCAGUCGCUCCCGCAGCCGUGACGAUUACCGUCGCUCCGACCGCGAUCGUCGUUCGCGCUCGCCCUUGCACAACGCUGGUGCCGCGGGCUCUGCCGGCUCUCCGUUCGCCGGCCGCAACAGCUACGUGCCCGCUCGUAACUUUGAGGAUCGGUCGGCUGCCAAAGAGAAUAUGAUGCAAUCCGUGCGCGACUCCUCCCAACAAGAUCGUCGGGUCUAUGUGGGCAAUCUGUCCUACGAUGUGAAGUGGCACCAUUUGAAAGAUUUCAUGCGACAGGCUGGAGAAGUUCUCUUUGCCGAUGUUUUACAACUUCCGAAUGGAAUGUCGAAGGGAUGCGGGAUUGUGGAAUACGCUACGAGGGAGCAAGCACAAAACGCGGUCGCAACGCUUAGCAACCAAACCUUGAUGGGUCGUCUCGUCUAUGUUCGUGAAGACCGGGAAGCCGAACCUCGCUUUAUCGGUGGUCCCCCUCGCGGUGACUUUGGUGGUGGUGCUCGCGGUGGCUUUGGUGGUAGUUUUGGAGGCGCACCUGGCGGAGGUGGUGCUCCAGGUGGUGGUGGCCGCCAGCUCUACGUGUCGAACCUUCCAUUCAAUGUGGGCUGGCAAGAUCUGAAGGACCUGUUCCGCCAAGCUGCCCAACAAGGUACCGUCAUCCGCGCUGAUGUGCAUACCGACCCUACUGGACGCCCCAAGGGCUCCGGUAUCGUUGCCUUUGAAUCCCCGGACGAUGCGCGUAACGCCAUUGCGCAAUUCAACGGAUACGAUUGGCAGGGCCGUCCCCUUGAGGUCCGGGAGGAUCGCUUUGCUGGUGGUGGCCCUGGGUUCGGAGGUCGCGGUGGCUUUGGCGGUGGCUUUGGCGGCCGCGGGGGCUUUGCAGGAGGCCGUGGCGGCUUUGGUGGUCGUGGAGGCUUCGGCGGAGGCUUUGGCGGCCGUGGUGGCUUUGGCGGCGCUCCCAGUGGUGGAUUCGGGGGCGGCGGUGCUUUUGAAGCCCCCGUUGCCUCGGUCCCUCCUAACCCGUUCACCGACUUUGCGACAUCGGGUGGUGAUCGAAGCGCGGUGAUUUACGUCCGCAAUCUGCCUUGGUCCACCUGCAAUGAGGAUCUGGUCGAUCUCUUCUCGACAAUCGGCAAGGUUGACCGCGCUGAGAUUCAGUAUGAGCCCAACGGCCGCUCCCGCGGCACUGGCGUGGUCGAAUUUGACAGCCCGGACACUGCUGAGACUGCAAUUGCCAAAUUCACUGGUUACCAGUAUGGAGGUCGUCCCCUGGGUAUCACAUUUGUCAAAUAUGUGACUCCUCCCAGUGGCCCAGCCGUGAUGGACGCACCCCGACCCGCUGAGCCCAUGCCCAUGACUCAAGACCAGAUGAUGUAG